GACAAGCCUGCGGAGGAGCCCAAGCAGCAGAAGGCGGCCUCGGCGGCGGAGACCAAGAAGGCUGAGAAGAAGAAGACGAAGACAGACGAGGAGCUCUCUCCGAGUGGCCUGUCCGGGUUGCUGCAGCAGCGACGGCAGCGGCCAAUAUUUUUCGUCAUCCAUUUUGUGGUUUGCGCCUGGCUGAUACUCGUCUCUGGCUAUAGCGCUUGCGACGUGAAGACCUCCAAGAGAAAAGACUGCGGCUAUGACGGCAUCAGCACCAGCGAGUGUGUGUCGAUAGCAUGCUUUAUAAAGGACGGGGCAAAAGUGGAGAAGUCGAUCAAGCUAGAGAAAGGCGCAAGCCUCGGCUUGAGCGUCGCCGAGAACACGGACUCGAACGAGCUGACGGUCACGGCGGUCACGGGCGCGGCGGCAGAAGAGAGCCUCGGCGAGGACCGCGUCUUCGUUGGAGACGGCAUCACGAAGGUUGGCAAGGAGACCAAGCUCAAGACGAUGAGGAAGGCUCUGGCGGAGGCGGGACAGGCGCAGACGUUGAGGAUUAAGCGAUCAAAGUUGCCCUCGUAUCGAGGACGUGGAUCAGCUUAG